UUAGCGAGGGCCUUUCAAGCUAUGCUCGAACGUUUUGGUCUCACUGACCGGAUGCUCUCGCUUAAUGCUGAUAGUAAUGCAGCGAACGACACGCAAGUAGAUAAGCUCGCGACACUGAAUAACUCCUUCAGGGCCGAGCAGCGUGUAAGGUGUUUUUGCCAUACUCUUCAACUU